AUGUUGUCAACUAAUAUCUCAAACGGCAACAAGCAAAGACGCCAGCCUUCUUUUGAGCUCAUCGAAUCAAAAAUUGAGGAUGCAACAGUACGCUAUGUCUAUCUCAAGACCUUACUAUUUGCAGCCAACAUCCAACACAGUUAUGAGAGCAUUGUGAAAAAUCCAUUGUGCUAUUAUUAUUUCAAAUUUGCCAAGGUCAGUCAAAAGAUCGCUGAUGAAAAUUAUGUAAAAAUAGAGAAAGAAGUAUCGGACUUGAUGGAUAUUUAUUUCAAACUAGUUUUUCAACUUUUAGACAAAACAUGUACCAUUUCUACUUUGAAUAUGGUUCUAAAACACGAGGCUCAGUUCGUUAAGCUGAUUUAUGUUAUGGGAGAUGUUGGUUUUAACGAAGGCCACCUAAAGCAGCUUCGACAAGAGCUAGUCUCAUUUAAAACAACUCUAGACGCGGUUCAAAAUUUCUUGACCAUGUUUGCCGAUGAUCCUAACUUCUUUGAUACAAAUACCGUGCUCGACACUAUUAUCAAAAUUCGUAGAAAUAUGACAGAAAUGGUUUUCAAAAAGGUUCAAAAGCAAGUAUCAGAUCUAAUUCCCCAUUCAGCUUUGAGGAUUUGGCCUUCUUUUACGAACUUCGAACAUCAGAAUUCUUUUUGGUGCUAUGGAGGAUCUCUACUCAAAAACAACGAUGAAAAACAUAGCAUCGACUCCAUCAAGACCAAAUUAAUACCCGCCGUCAGAAAGAGAUGGGCAGACUAUUAUGCUUCUCUCGAUACCCUUUCCAUGAAGUUAAGCGAGUUUUACAACAUUCUAAGAAAAUGUAGAUAUGACACUAAGCUUGACAACAUUUUUUCAGGAGCGAGCAGUCUCUAUGAAGAAGAGUUGCUUAGAGUGAGAAUGACCUUCAGUGGAAAAGCUUCAGACAGAAAGCCUUCUCGAGAAGAUCUUGAAUGGGUUUCGAAAAGGCACAAUAUCAUUAGAAGCUAUGAGAGCAUUAAUUUAUACAGAUCAUAUUUACCAUCAUUAAUUGCUCUUGUAGAACAUUUUGAGCCUUAUUUUUCUGUGGAUUUGAAAAAGGAUCUAGAUUACAUCCAACUCAAAAAGAAGCAACCAUUUUGA